UUUUUUUUGUCAGUGUCACCAGGUGCGCUUAUUCAUGACAUAUCAAUUGAUGUGACUGGCCUCAUGUUCCCAGGACCCUCUUUUCUCAGGCACUUUCUUUCUUCAUCUUUACGACUGGAACAAUCGUUUUCUGCGGCUCCCUGCGUUGCUGCUGGAGGGUGUAUUGAGUUUUUGUGGUCAAGGCGCUGAGUGAUUUAACAAUACUUUAUCAAACAUGUCAUCGACAGCGUCAUCGUCUUCCUCCUCCUCUUCGACACCCACCGUCUCUACAAGCCCGUCUUCCACUGACAAUCGGCCGCUCAUCGUGGGUGUAACCCUAGCCUCCAUCGCCAUCCUCGUCAUCGCCAUAAUCCUCUUCUUCACCUUCCGGCGCCGUAAAUCCUCCAGCUCAGGCUCCGACGACUACAUCUUCUCCAGGCAUGCUACCGUCGUUGAUCGCGCCCACAUCGCCUCGCGAAUAACGCCCUUUGGCGCACCAGGCGGGGAGACGCCACAAUUCGUGCACACGCCAGGAUCUAAUAUGCGUAUAGCAAAUCGGAGAUCAGAUGGUGUGUGGACGUUCUCUGACCCUCGAGCGCCGUUCACACCUCGAGGUGUCGGUGAACUCGACCUUGCGCCCGCGUCUCCGUGGUCCCGAGAUAAGAAGGGGUUCCGCAAGGGCGCUUUUGAUGCUUACGAGUUCGAGCCUGAUCCGAGCGUCCUUCCACCCCCAGCGUACGCGUAUGGAAACGAAGACAGAUAUCUCAGACAGUGACCUAGCGUCUCCCCCCACUCCCUCCCUCCCUCCCAUUAUAAUGAGGACUAAUUUACGAUUUUUAACGACUGGAUUUAUUCUCGGAUUUAACUUCUCCGCCUUCAUUUGCAUUAUCGCUUCCGCUCACAGCUCGCAUCUUGCUUUCUUGUUUCGUUCAAUUUUUACUUAUUAUUCAUCACAUACCAUGCAUCAGAAUGUUCAAUUGCCUUUUAACUUGCUUGUAUUUCAUCUUAUUAUGGAAUGUUGAUCUAUUGGCAGGAACCGCUUCUUGUCGUGGCUGGCCUGCUGACAGGGCUUUGUGUUCGCUGAUACGCUCACAAGUUACUUGCCCAUGUGCGACUGUAUCACGCUCUUGCGAAGAAACCUACUGGAUCAGUAGCUUUCUUGGUCUCAACCCUAAGGCACCGCGUUCAGAGUCGCAGAAACGAUAGUAUUGUCCUCCAGGCACUUAUUGUAUAUGCACAUGGACCGAUUUCAAGAGGAGAAACCCAC